CGUGAUUCUUGGUGGCCGUUUGGGAACCUCUAAGGCUGCACCCAACGCCCGUUCUUGUUAAAGGUGCCGGCGGCCGCGGACCAUGAAGGUGAAGGUGAUCUCGGUCCUGGAGGACAACUACAUGUACCUGGUCAUCGAGGAGAGCUCCAGGGACGCCGUGGCCGUGGACGCCGCCGUCCCGCAGCGGCUGCUGGACGUCGCCGGGCGGGAGGACGCGGUGCUCCGGGCUGUCCUGACGACCCACCACCACUGGGACCACGCCAGGGGCAACGAGGAGCUGGCGCGGCGGUGCCCCGGCCUGCGGGUGUACGGCGCCGACGAGCGCAUCGGCGCCCUGACGCACAAGGUGGCCCACGGCGAGGAGCUCGCGUUCGGCGCCGUGCGGGUGCGAUGCCUCCUGACGCCCGGGCACACGUCCGGCCACGUGUGCUACUUCCUAUGGGAGGACGAGUCCCCGGACGCGCCGGCGCUCUUCUCGGGCGACGCGCUGCUGGUGGGCGGCUGCGGGGAGCUGUGCGAGGGCACCGCCGAGCAGACGUACGCCAGCCUGGCCGCCGCGCUGGGCGCCCUGCCGAGGGAGACGAAGGUGUUUUGCGGGCACGAGCGCGCCGUGCGCAACCUCAAGUUCGCCUUGAAAGCGGAGCCGGACAACGAAAUGGUGAAGAAGAAACUUGCCUGGGCCAAGCGCCGGGAUGACGAGGACUUGCCCGCGGUGCCCUCCACGCUGCAGGAGGAGUUCCUCUACAACCCCUUCCUGCGGGUCACGGAGGAGCCUUUGCAGAAGUUCACGGGCGAGACGGACCCGGUGGAGGUGCUGAGGACCCUGCACGCCCAGAGGGAUCGCUUCAAGAAGCCCAAGGAGCGGCCGAAUCCCCAGGCGGUGCUUGCGCUCGAGUGGGGGCUGCUCAGCCCCUUCCUGGAGAAGAAGCGGGGCGGCAGCAGCGGCGCAGCGACGGCCGCCGCCGCGCAGCGUCCCCGGCGCAGCGGGGCUCCCCGCGGCGCGCGCCGCGCUGCGUCCUCCCCGCGCGCUCCGAGCCCCGUCCCUUGAGGCGCCUGCCUUGCCGUUGGGAAGUGGUUUCCGUCCUUCGCGCUGCUCGUUUGGGUCCUGUUCUGCCGCUCGCGGGGCGAGCGGAGCCCUCGGGCCCGGCUGCUGCCGCUGCAGGACAAGAUGCUGCUGCGACGCUUCCAGUUCCUCUCGGGAAGGGCGGUUUUUGCAUCCCCCCGUGGAGCAGGCGGGAUCCCGCGGGACCCUUGGGCGGUUUUUGCAUCCCCCCCGCAGAGCAGGCAGGAUCCCGCGGGACCCCCGGGCGGUUUUUGCAUCCCCCCACGGAGCAGGCGGGAUCCCGCAGGACCCUCGGGUGGUUUUUGCAUCCCCCCGUGGAGCAGGCGGGAUCCCGCGGGACCCCCGGGCGGUUUUUGCAUCCCCCCGUGGAGCAGGCGGGAUCCCGCGGGACCCCCGGGCGGUUUUUGCAUCCCCCCACGGAGCAGGCGGGAUCCCGCGGGACCCUCGGGUGAUUUUUGCAUCCCCCCGUGGAGCAGGCGGGAUCCCGCGGGACCCUUGGGUGGUUUUUGCAUCCCCCCACGGAGCAGGCGGGAUCCCGCAGGACCCUCGGGUGAUUUUUGCAUCCCCCCGUGGAGCAGGCGGGAUCCCGCGGGACCCUUGGGUGGUUUUUGCAUCCCCCUGCAGAGCAGGCGGGAUCCCGCGGGACCCUCGGGUGAUUUUUGCAUCCCCCCACGGAGCAGGCGGGAUCCCGCGGGACCCUCGGGUGGUUUUUGCAUCCCCCUGCAGAGCAGGCGGGAUCCCGCGGGACCCUCGGGUGGUUUUUGCCCUCUGGCCCGGGUGGGUCCGAACGCCGCCUCGGCCGCCCCGGGCUUCAAGAGUGGGCAGAGCUCUGCAGCAGCCGCGUGCGAGCUCUGGCCCCGGAGCCGGGAUGCACCGGGGGGAGGAGGAUGUGCCGGAGCCGGAGCCCUCCCGGCUCAGCCCGCGCCGGCGUCGCGCAGCAGGUCGGGGGCGCAGAGGCGAAUGCGAUGCACAGGAGACGCCCUGCGCCCCCCUCCCGCAGCCUGGUGGGGUUUGGGGGAUUUGUUUUGUUUUUCUUUCAGAAGGACAAAAUAAACCGUUGGGCGAGAACGCGCAGCCCCCUCGCUAACCGCCGCAGCCGCCUCGGCCGCUCGAGCCCCGCGGAAGGCGCUCGGCGGCGCCUGGCCGAGAGCCUGCUCCGACCCGCCGGGCUUUGCGGGAGGGCGGAAAGGAAGGGAAGCUGGGAGCAGCGCGCCGGGAUUUGGAGCCAGCAAGGCCUUCGGGCGCGCUUGGGCGCGCUUGGGCCGACUGGACGCCUGCGUGGGGCUUUCCAAGGCGCGCCAGCUGGGCGGCGGCACGCUCCGCCUUGUCCCGGACAUGCUAGCCUUUUUUUUUUUUUUUCCCCCUACUUUUUUCUUUUUUCCCAAGAUAGCUAGAAAAUUUGGAGAUGGGAAAUGUUUUGAAUUAGCUUUUUAUUUACAUUGCCUUUUAUUUAGAAUAAAAGCCAGAGAGCGGCUGGGGCUCUUAAACCUCUUCAGCUUGCGAAGGUCUGAGUUAAGGUUGUGCAGUGUCAUUACUAAUUUUUUUAAAGACGUUUGAACAAUGUGUGCAGCUUUUAUUUUGCAAGUGAUGGGGAGGUUUAUUACAAAACUGAGCAUUGUGAAUUCCUUUUUUUUUUGGGGGGGGGGGAGAGCUUGCUGGUGCCUCUGUAAAUAGCUGUGAAAAUACCUUUGAUGGGACAGCUUUUGAGCAGGUUACUCCCUAAGGGACAGGCUCUUGGGUUUCUUCUUUUUGCAUCGAAGUGCAAAAUAUGUGUGUAUAAUUGUCCUGGUUUUGCUGAGUUUAUACCGACUUCGCAUAGUUAAAUGAAAACAGAGCAGCACAGAGGCGUGGGCCCUGUAAUCCUGUACUGUAUGCUUUUUAAGCAGCGUUGAUUAUAAACUUUAUCGCUCCGAACACUGGAAUAGAGUUGACUUCAGGUUCUUUGAUGUGUGGACUAUGAAUUUAAAUGAAUUUAUUACCACUAAAGCCUGGUUUAUGGCCAUUUCUUCCAUUGCUAGAGACUUUUUUUUUUUUUUUUUAAAGCUGCAUUGUUAUAAUUUACUCUCUCCAAAAGGGGGAGAAUUAAUCGUGCUGCACAAGUUGUCUCAGUGCUGGAGUUGUUCUGUUUAAACGUGAUGGUACAAUUUGCCGUAGAUGGUGAUGCGCUGACAGGCAUUCCUCUGUUACUGUGAAGUGCCUGGGUGCUCCGCUGGAAGUUUAUUUAUCCUGUGAUCUAAGAUGCACACGUGUGCGUGGGGGCAGGGUUCCUGAACUAGCAUUGGAUUUGCUAAUUUUGAUAAUAGUAGCAGGGAACUCAAAGGCCAGGAGCAAGUCAAGCUGUUCUGGACACUUGGGACAGUCCACAGGAGCCGCAGGCUGGACGCGUGGUGAGCGGAGGGUCUUCUGACGCCUUUAGCAACGUGUAUGUUGAUAACCUGGUAACUGGAGAAGAGACAAAACACAGAUCCCCAGCUAAUCUGCAGCUAAUUUAGCUUUGUUUAUUUGUGUGCAUCUGGCCCGACAUGCAUGUUCUCAACCAAAGCUGAACUUGUUUCUUUUGCGCUGAUGUACAAAGUUUAUAGUCAGAGCACUUCAGUGUAUUGGACUUGCUUUGCAUUAGCACUGCAAUUUCUUGCUGUAGUUAAAAAAAUCUUACGGUUUAGUAUAACACUGUGCAUUAUAAAACUAUGCAUGGAAAAGCGCAUUCAAUAAAACUACCAAUUUGCUUGUAAAGACGAUAGGGAAAGGCGGGGGAAGCCAUGUGAGAUUCUUGCCUUAUGAACACUGUGAACUCACUAAUUAAUGAGCAGCACCUGAAAUUAUAUAACACUUUUAAUUAAAAACAUUAAAAACAUCUUGUA